UCCUAAUCCACAUGUUACUGACAACCUGGUAUGAAUGCAGGUAUGAAGCCUGGAUCAAAUAGAAUGCAGAUUCCUAACAUACUACAACAACAAGGACAGCAGCAAGGUCAUCAAGGAAUGGGAGGUAAUCAAAUGAAUGUUCAACAACAACAGUGGUUCAAGCAACAGAUGAUGUUGCAACAACGACAACAGCUGCAACAACAGCAGCAGCAGCAGGGCGGAACUUUGCUGCUCCACCAUAUCCACAGCAAAGGUCGCGAGGGCAACUGCCUGCACAGCUUGGAGGAGUUGGCUCUUACCAGAAUGCUUUUCCAACUGAACAACAAUACAAUAUGCAAGGGAAUGAAACCAGUUCCUCCACAAACUCCUUCACCACAAGGCAUGAUGGGCCCACCAACUCACAAUGCAAUUCAACAACAACUAAUGCAACAACAGCAAGCUGUUCGAUCGCCGCCUCCAAUUCGUUCUCCCCAGCCAACACCUUCUCCUAGAGCUGUACCUUCAGCUUCCCCACGGGGGGCACCAACAGCAGCCUUCUCCUUCACCUCAUGCCAUGCUUAAUCCUACACAUUCACCUGCCCCAUCUAUUCAAUCUAACCAAUCAGAUCUCACUGACCUACCAGGUAUGA